UUUGAUGGUGUGCAUUUGUAUUUUAUGGAAAGUUUAUGAUGAUAAGAACAUUUAUCCAAAGUAUGAGCAGUUCAUAUCUAGUUUGAUCAGUUUUCUCUCGUCGUUAAUAAAAUGUCAAAUCAAGGGCAUCUUGAACCCACGCGCUGACGAACGGAUAAGCAGGGUUCCUGUAUCUAAUCCUAAGUAGUAUUUUUCCAAAGAGCUGUACAUCUAUUAUUGUUAUAAUUUUUAUUCAUAUUUGAACAACGAUAGAAAUUAAAUAAUGAUAAGAUGGGUUUAGUUAGUGAAUCGUGUUAUUUAGCUUGCAUAUAAGGUAAAUACAUAAGCAUGCACACGGCGGAUGAUUGUCCAGAUCUAUGUGUGCAUGCACAAUGUAAAACAAACUUUGAACAAAAUUACCGUUUAUCUUGUUAGAUAUCCCCGUAAUUAUUACUUUUAUUACUUUCCACAAACUUUAUUGUUCUACUCCAUAUCAGAUUUGAAUUUCAUAACAGGAAAUCCUGCCAAUUUUUCAAUGCUAACCAAAAUCACCAAUUGGUUUUUUAUUUGCUUAAAAUCUUCUCGUUCAAGUAUGUGCUAACACUGUCUCAUUCUUCAAUAUGAAGAAUUUUCGUAUUUUUAUUACCAGUCUUUUUGCAAAUCUUGCUGUAUCUCAAGAUUACACAGAUCAAUCGCAACUGCAAAAAAUACUUGAUCCUAAAUUCCAACAAGGCUGUCUAAUCCUAAUCUACAACCACGGACUUGAUACAAAUUCCACAGCUUCAAAGUUCUUUAUUGACCAAAUUAUUUCCAAAAGCAAGGAUUUAUCUCAAUUGCUGAUACUUUCCGGAACUCUCAAUAAAAAUCAUACAAUGAACAAUUUGAGAAACGCUUGCUCGGUUACCGUCAUUGUCCACCAUUACCAGCAGCGUGGGGUUGAUGCCAAUAAGGAAUUGAACAAUGUUUUACAAACAACGUUUAAACAGGAAAUAAUUCCACUCCUACUUCCACAGCACUCCGUCGUAAUUCAUAUUGCAGUAGUGACCGAAUUAUUGAUAUCUCCAAAAUUAAUCCCUACUUUUGAAAGACGUCCAAUUACGCUUUUCCUUUUAAUCGUGACCACAGAACUGCACCAGCAAGACGCCCGGUUCUUACUUUGCAAUGAAGGUGAAUGCAAAAGACCGAAACCAACUAUUGGAAUAUUUCUCCCCCCGCAGCAAGUUCAUUUUAUUCAUCUUUGGCAUGGUGGGAAUAUGCCCCAUUGUAUCGACGCCCCAUGGCUGGAUGCCAUUAAAAGAAGGGUUUGUCCUCUCCCGAUCAGUUUCAUGGAAAUAUUAGCAAGUCACAUUAACUUUACGGUGAAAUUUGACUGGAAUUACCGUGCUCUCCAACUCCUACCCAAUGGAUUUGUCAUCCCCACUGCCAAGACUGCAUUUUAUUCCGCAGAGAUACGGCCUGCCCUCAACUUGGUUGGACUGUUUGGCCACAGCAUUAUCUUUUGCGAUAGGAAAGACAGCUUUUACUCCACGUCUGGCAAUAUGUUUCACACGUUUUUCCAUAAAGUUGGAACUUGGACGGGUCCUUUACCUUGGGAACUUUGGGUGUUUAUGUUCCUCAAUUUCUGCCUCGUGGUGUUUAUCCAAGUCGCCGUGAUGAAGGGUCGACUCGGCCCUGCGACCUUUGAAGGAUUUCGUGUCCUUGUUCGCCAAGAUGUUGUAUCGGCCAACCCCAUGAUUUCUAGCAUUCUGAUAUCAUUUUCAUGGGUAUGCUUCACACUGCUGCAGAUUUACGAGGGGAGAUUUACCAGUUUAGUACUGAUUCCAUUGGUUCCUGACUUGCCAUCAAGUUUGGCCGAGCUGAUUUCUCUCAAUUAUAAAAUAAUUGCUGACAAUCAAAGUCACAGCUUCACCACGACCUACAGCAUUGAUUUACAAAUUCGAUUUCCACACUUGAAGCCAUCCGAGUUUGUCAAUUUGUUCGAGUUCCGAAAAACGCCGGACGAUGCGUAUAAAGCUUUUGUCUCCGGGAGUGACAAAUUCAUUUUCAUCGAUACCACCAAAGUAAGCGGAGUGGGGGAAAGAAGAAAGGGAAUUAUAGCUCAGUGGUCAGAGCUGGACAUUGGAAAAACGUGUCACGAAUUGAACGAAAGGUUGACCAGUUUUAUGCACUAUUGGAUGUUCUUGUCCUCGAGUAGGGACGUUCUCAUGAAUGCCUUUGUGAGAUUGAAGCAAUCUGGAAUUCCUACUUUUUUUGAUGCACACAAUACACAUUAUCAGGAUAAAUUAGUGCGCGAAAAAAGGAGAGAGAAAAAAAGACGCCAUGAGAUUGUGGAACCAGUGUCGAUUGCAUCAAUUAAAUUGGAUCACGUUGUUCCUGUCCUUAUUCUGAUGGCAUUUUGCAUGAUUGGCGUUGGUGGGAUUGGUCUGGGACUGGAAAUAAGAUGGAAAUUGCGAUCCACGAUACAAGUUCAAAAUCAUUACAUAUUUUAAUGAUUGCAAUUAAAUUAAAUUAAAUUAAUUUAUAAAUUAAAAUAAAUACAAUUUCCGAUACUGUGA